AUGCCUCCGAAGAAGCGACCUGCCGCGAUCGCGGCUGAUGAUGACGAAGAAGAGCCUCGGAAGAGUCGGAAGGGGUUCAAGGAAUGGCACAAGCUGCGAGAUGCUCUGUUGCCGUUCAUAGACAAACGAUUUUUUACUUCGUACCCCACGGAUCGCUCAAUCGCGAAGAUCGACAAGAAGCUCUUCCAGGGCAUCUUGAACAACUGCAGACAGUUGAGUCCUACGUGGAACUUUCCGGAUACCGUCAUCAAGAAAGCCUUGCUAGGGGUGCUAAAGCACGAGGACAUUACUGGCAAGCAGCGAGAUCAGAGCCGUGAUCCACCGAAGGCACAGCCGAAGGCACAGCCGCAGGAUGAGGUGGCCUGUGAAGACAUGGAAACAGCGGCGGCUUUCCUGGCCAACGAUUGGUUCUUGAACACGCUGGAUGGGAUGAUGGGCGGCUUUGAUCCAUCGGCUAGUGGUGCGAGCUACCUUUCGCCGACUCCUGGUCCAAGUCGACGCCGAGACACGCAGCUGCUGGAGAGCCCAACCGCCGAGGAGCCGCCUCGGAACAAACGAAAAGCCGACGAAGAAGCGAAGCCCGAGAACAACAAGAGAAAACCUAGUCUGAAGAAGCUGAGCGCUUUUGGGGACGAGAAGGACGCAGCCGCCGAGAAAGACCCCGAAAAGCAGUCCAAGGAGAAGACCCGCAAGAAGCACAAGAAGGGUUCCGAGAAGCAGUCCAACGAGAAGGCCCCCGAGAAGCAGUCCAACGAGAAGGCCCCCGAGAAGCAGUCCAACGAGAAGGCCCCCGAGAAGCAGUCCAACGAGAAGGCCCCCGAGAAGCACUCCGACAAGAAGGCCCCCAAGAAGCACUCCGACAAGAAGGCCACCGAGAAGGACUCCGACAAGAAGGCCCCCGAGAAGCACUCCGACAAGAAGGCCCCCGAGAAGCACUCCAACAAGAAGGCCCCCGAGAAGCAAUCCGAGAAGGCCCCCGAGAAGCAAUCCGAGAAGGCCCCCGAGAAGCAGUCCGAGAAGGCCCCCGAGAACCAAUCCAAGCAGAAGGCCCAGCCCGAGCAAGACAAGCGACAGCCUGGCGAUAUCUGGUGGGACUACGAGAUGCAACGUGCCUGCCUCGAAAGCCAGACCGGCCCGGUGUUUUCUUCGAAGCCCUUUGUGAAAGAGGAUGAGGUUUUCGCUCAAUUCCCCGAUGGUCUUAUGUGGUCGGUUCCGCACCUCGUGCCUGCAGACCUAGAGAGUGGUCUUGGUUUGCCGGCCCCGACUGUUCCCGAACAGAAGCCCAAGGCGGCCAGCAAACGCAAACCGAAGGCCGACAAACCUAUCGAGGACUAUGUCGAGGCUCGCGAGGAUCGCCACGAUGCCACGAGCAGAUGGGUUCAGAAGCUCCAGCUGGUCAUCCGGACCGGCCUCAGUGUGAGGAAAGCGAUGCACAUCGCCAUGACCUUCGCCGAUUGCUAUGUGUACAUGAACUUGAAUCCGGCGGAGAUCAACUACAGAGGCUGUCGAGAUGAUCUACUGGGUCACGACCACGAUUGGGAAGCUUCAGCUUUGGAUUGGCAAACUGUCAAUUCGCUUGGCCUGAAACACUUCCCGAAGUCGCAACUUGAAUCGUCUUAA